AUACGUGGUGUGCUGAGAUUUGGUUGUGAUUCUUUAGUUCCGAAUUUGGCCGCGCGCUGGGUUAAGUUGGUAUUGAAUGCGCAUGCGUUAGGGCAUGCGCCGGGGCAGUGGCGCGCGCGCUCCGCUACUGGGGACAUCUGGCGGGGAAAAUAUGAUACGUUUAGUGCAAAGUGGAUUGUAUCUUAUAGUUUAGUGCGAAUUAUCAGUUUUGUGAAAAAUAGUUCGAAGUGUGCUAUGGAAACGAUAUGCUGAAUUCUGUGACACUAGUGAUAGUGCAAUAGACUGUUAACAUGACAGCAAAGGAUAUGAAAGAAAAGGUAGAAGAGCCCUCAGAAGGCUUCAAUCUCGACGGCAUCCUGUGUGAGCUGGGCAGCUUCGGCAAAUACCAACUGGUGUUGCUGUUGCUGCUCUCCUUCCGAGACUCUUUCCUGGCCAUGUGUAACUUCAACUAUGUCUUCGCGGCCGCCGAGGUGCCUUACAGAUGUGCAGUACCCGAAUGUGACUCAACAGACCCAAGCUUCAACGCAUCCUGGGCGGAAUUCGCGCUGCCAAACACAACCAAUACGUGCUACCGAGCGGCACCGUACGCGUUCAACUCCUCCAGCGAGCGAUGGAACGCGUCCAACUCGUGUAGCCCGGACUACUUCAGUUCUAGGGAUACGGUGGCGUGUGAGCGCGUUGUGUAUGAAAACCACAAUAGUCUUGCGGCUGAGUUCGACCUGGGCUGCGAGCCUUGGAAGCGUACGAUGAUCGGCACCGUCCACAACAUUGGGCUCAUCAUCUCCUACAUACUUUACGGCUUCGUUUCUGACCGGUACGGCCGCAAAGUCAUCAUCGUCGGUACGCCUAUUCUCGUAGGUAUCGUGGGAUUGAUCAAGUCUUUCUCAGUCAACUACUGGAUGCUGUUGACUCUUGAGUUCAUCGAGACCGCGUUUGGAUACGGAAAUGCCUCUAUGGUUCUCUCAUUAGAAGCCGUCAGCCAAAAUGGCCGCGUCGCCUUCUCCUGCAUCUGGGACAUCUUUACAAACAUCGGAACAGCUUUCUUCGGCCUCAUCGCCUGGAAGGUUCCCUACUGGAGACACCUCCUGAGAGCCAUAUAUGCACCCCUCCUUGUCGUGGUGUUCUACAUCUUCUUGAUAGAUGAGGGUGUACGCUGGCUACUAGCUCAUAAUAAAAAUGAUGAGGCUGUGAGGGUGCUGAACAAAGUAGCGAAGAUAAACAACGUAGAGCUCUCUAACAAGGCGAAGCAGAUGAUGAAGUCGAUUGAACAGACUAAGAGUGAAGAGAGCAACAACACGCCCUCCUGCUCAACCAAGCACCUCCUCUCCGUUCUCCGCUCCCGCACCAUCCUCCUCCGCCUAACGCUCAUCUCCGCCUGUUUCAUCUGCCUCUCCUUCGUGUACACCAGCGCCAUCAUCUACUCGACGGGCAUAUUUGGCAACAAGUACUUGAACUACUCCGCACUGCAGUUGGUCGCGGUGCCCACGCGCAUUAUUACUGCGCUGACGCUGAACCGCUUUGGACGGAAAGCGCCGAUUUGUGUGGCGUACUGUCUUGCGGGUGUUUGCUUCAUUUCGUCCGCGUUUGUGCCGAGCUCACUCAGCUGGCUGUCCGUAGUCCUCUACUUGAUCGGCAAGAUGUGCAACAGCUACGGCAUGUUCUCUCUCUACGUCGUCAGCAUAGAGAUCUUCCCUACCACCGUGAGAAACUCGCUAGCCAACGUGGCCAAUACCGUGGGACGCAUCGGGGCCAUACUGGCACCACAAGUUCCUCUGCUGGAACAAUACAUGCACAGCCUGCCAAGUGUAGUGAUCGGGCUGGUAGCCUUCGUGCCCGGUCUGCUGGCUCUUCUGCUACCAGAAACCAGCCGGUCGCCGCUGCCCGACGACGUUCAGCAGGCCGAAAAACUGGACCAGACUGAAGAAGACGCUAAAGUUUGAGUGUGUGUAACAGUGAAAAGACAGUAGACAGUCGAGACACUUGAGCUUGCCUUUAUUGCCCAAAAAUUAAUAUCAUUAACGGGUGUAACGCGAUUAAAUUUCAUUAUUAUACGAGUAUUUCACAUUUUGCUUAGACGUCAGUCUUCCGUGACCACAGCUAGUGCAACCUGGCUGAAAAGUCGGAAAAAAGGUAAAAUAAUGCAAUCUAAUCGCGUUAGACCCGUGAAUUACAUUAAUUAUGUGUACAAAACGCGAGAGUUUAGUGUUUUGUUGCCCAAUUUUGAAUUUGUGAUAUAUUUCUGGGUCGACAUAAACUAUGGUCGCUAGGUGCAUAAAUAGGAAGUUAUAUUAUCAUUGCUGACAUUAUAAGUUAGAUAUUUUAUGUUUUAGCAUAUAAUGGUUGGAUCUGAGUGUAAAUAGUGUGAGAUAUUUUUUACAAUGAUUAUAGUUAUUAAAUAAUAAUGAAGUAAGGCUGAAAUAAGGCCUUAGCUUAGCAAAUUAGAUUUAAAGAUUGACUGUGCCAAAAUAAAGAUAUUAUUGUAAAAUAUGGUGCUCAAAUGGCAUUAUCAAAUUAGAAGAUGUAGCGUCUAACCCCCUUAGGGCAGCUUGCACGUUCCAGGGUUAGCCAACAAACUCGGAGUUAACCGUUUAUACAGGGUUCAACUAUAGGUACCGUUAACUCCGAGUAAAGAAUAGGGAUGAAAAUUCCGGUAAAAAUCAAAUGUUUUUUCGGGAAUUUUACAAAAUUUCGUUUUUUUCGGUUUUUUUCCAGUUCUAUUCAGAAAAAUUAAAUACGCACAAAUGCCACUGAUGAGUGAUGACAGUGUCAAUGCCAUAAAUAAACACAUUAGACAUGCAACCUUAACCUACCUGUUUAAAUUCAUAAUUAAGUAUAUUGAAAAAUACAUUUUUUUCGGAAGAAACUUGAAAAAAACGAGCCGUUUUGAAAUUUUCCCGAAAUUUUCCCGGUUUUUUCAACGCUAGUAAAGAAUAAACGCGCCACAAGCCGCAAUUAGGUUAUAAUCGUAUUUCUUAAUCUGUCAUUUUGACUUAGGUAUUUGUAAGAACGGGAUAAAAUAUAAAUAAACUAAUUGAGGCUUGUAGUGUGUUUAGGAAUAAGGGGAUUAGUAAGCUUUAAUUAAGUAAUUAAUGUGCUCUAAGAUUUGUGAUAAUAUUAAAAGUGACUUAUUUGUGUAUUUUUUUAAUGUAGUUCUAACUACGAAAUAAGUAAAAAUGGAAUGUUACCAAUAAUUAAGAUACAUCUUGUGAUUCGUUUAAUGCAGGUACUUUUUCUUGAAUUAUAAUGAAACGCAAUUAAAAUAAAAAAAUACUAAAUAGGUGAGGGACGUUUUUAAAAAUAAAUGAAUGUCCCCUUUAAGUAUAACGAGCUAAUAAGUAAAUGAAUAAAUAAAUAAGUAAAUGAAUAAAUAAAUAAGUAAAUGAAUAAAUAAAUAAGUAAAUGAAUAAAUAAGUUUAAGUAAAUGAGUAAAUGAGUAUGGGUUUAGAAGUUUAGAGGUAUACUUUCCCUCAAGGGUACAUAAUUUUUUUCCACACUGUCUGGGCUUAUGCCCAGACUGGCCAGUAAAUAAUAAGCCUUAGUUGCUCUCGUGUUACAUUAUAAUCAAUAUGAUUAAACAUAUAUGUAUAUAUUUAUUACUUUGUAUAUUUUUGUAUAUUUGUCAUAAAUAGAGAUAAGAUAUAUUUUUACUACGUUGUUCAAAAAUAGCGCAUUUAUAUUGGGAUCGUAUAAUUUUCAAUCCUGCAUCAUACUCUUGCAAUAAGUUUAUCUACAAAGAUACACCAGAAUAAGAAAGAGUGAUGAAAUACAAGUAUGACAUUAAAAAUCAUUUAAAUACCUAUAUGAGAAGGAGUACGAUAUCACUCAGUAACUUUAUUUUCAUUUCUCAUGAUCGUAAAGUUUGGGUUUUUAAGUCGCGUAUGAGCAGCAAGCAACCACGAGAUGGUCUGAUGGUGUGAAGGGGGUGGUUGGCGGCAACAUGCAGCGCGUGACCCAUAUGGCUUAUGACCGCACACUAUGGAGACGGAGCAUACACGGUCGCGAUCCUCAGCAAUGAGGGACCGAGGAAGAAGAAGAAGAUGAGCAGCAAAAAGCUGCUUUUUAUGUUCUAGUGCAUAAAGUAAAAUUAUUUAUUACGAUCCUUGUGCACAGUGCAUAAAAAAAACAACGGGUUGCAGCACUCCAGGAGUGCCGGCAGAAGUGAAAGCUUGAAGUCAUAAUGUAUUGUUUGUCCACAUUUUCGUUAGUCAUAAUUUGGUUUUUCUUAGAAACGCGUAACUUUUCAGGAUUGCCAUAAAACAAACCUAACCUAACCUGUCUAUAUUAGGAUAACCUGAGGAAAAUCCUGAAAAGUUGACGGUUUCAGAAUUAUGACUAAGGAUAAUAUGACAAUCAUUACAUUAUGACUUUCAAUAAUGAUGUCAAACAUUUACACACACAAUUUAUAUCACAUUAAAAAAAACACUUCAGAACUAUUACAAUUAUUUAAUAUUAAAAAGUUUAUCUCUCAGAAAAAUCAACUUCCAUCCAUAAUUUCGAUCAGGUCACGUGUCCGUCUUACGAAUUUUCAAUCUGUCGCUCACGUGACCUGUCGCGAAAAAAGUUCACAGCGCCGCUAAAGAAGUUUUCACUUCAAAAAAAAAGUGUCGGUUAUUGGUUCUUGCCGGCCAUUGCCGGCUCUACGUUACUUGUUGUAUAUCUACUAUUAAUUCACAAAUUAUGAGAUAAAAAUCUGUAACAUUCUCUUUCUAAUCUGCCAAUACCACUGUUAUCAUCAUCAUUGUCAUGCCAAAAGUAUUGUUAUAAUAUAACUAAGUAAAUAUUGGUUUACAAAUUGUACAUAUAGUUAUCG